AUGCAGAACGUGGUAGGCCUCCUGGCCUUGCUGCUGGUGGCGGUCCAUGCGGAUCUAUUCACCUCUGUUGCUGAUAUGCAAGGACUACUUGACAGCGAAAAGUCCAUUCCAGCACUUCUUCACAAGUACAUCGAGAACGAAAGAGUUCGACUCAGUGAGCUCAAAAAGUUGGCGGAGGUAUACACUGCACGAAAUGAAGAAGCACUAAAGACUGGCGCUAAGGACAUCGCAAACCCAAUCAAUGCGUUCCUGCUUAUUAAGCAGAAGAUCUUCGACUGGAAGGGCAUCGAGCAGAAAAUGCUGCUGAACAAAGCUGACUCAUUCAUUGAGCGCAUUCAAGAUGCCAACUAUGGAAUUCGUUAUCCGACUGAGGUUAGCAAAUCACUCAGUUCUUCAGAUAUUCAUUUUCUACCGGUGGUCUCGACGAUUUUUUUUAUUAUUUGCUGUUAA